GUUAACCUGAGGAUUCCAAGAAAAUGAAGUCCCAGCUAAAAUCGUUAAGCAAGAGCAAGUCUCGGCAGGAAGGCCUUAGAAGAGUCUCUCUCAAAGAGAGUCUUGACACCCAUAUGAUAGAACAAAGUGUUAUCGGGUCUAAGAUCAGAAGAGAUGCUUUGAAAUGAAAUCCUAAAAAGGAGGGUGGGAUAAAGGACAAGAUGUUAAGAAGUAAUGAUCUGACUACUCAGGGAGAAUUCACAACGAAUGCAAUGACCUUCGAUACCGCUCAUAGUAAAUCUCCAACAAACUAUGAAACAAUCAAUGAGAAAUUGAAAAAGGAAAAGAAUGACCCAUUGGACUAUCCUCUCCGGAAAAGAGUCAUUUUCGAUAAGCCCAGCAGAGGAGGUUUCUUCAGAGAAAAUUUAUCAGUAGGUGAACUAGAUCCCGAAGUAAACAAUAUGGAAUCAAAUUCGGCUAAAAAGUCGAUUAUCAAGGAAAGAAACUCACCAUUAGAGAGUAAGGGAAAAUAUAGCAAUAGUCAAGAAGCAAAAUUAUCUGAAAGUCACCAAAAUAGAGCUUACUUCUCUUCAGGUUCGGGUGACUUGUAUUCACCUGUAAAAAGACCAAGAAGUAAGACUGUGGCAAAGCCCUCUCACACUUAUGGGAAUGACUCCAAAAUAUUGACAGACGAAGAAGAAUCAGAUAUUGAUAAUUGUGAUGAGUUUGAAGAGAGUUUUUGAGAUAUUGCUGAGCCUGAAAUGAGACAGAGCGUUGCUGAAAUGGUAUCAAUGCAUAAACUCAAUACUACAAAAACGAUUCUCAACAGUGACACUUUGAUCCAAAAUAUGUCUGGGACCCCCAAACGCAAUACUUUCGACACAUCUUUGAGGAAGAAAAAUACAACACAGGCAGAUAUUUUUGAGUGGUGAAAUGAAUUUGAUGACCUCCUUGAUGAACUUGAUAGUAACCUUUAUAAAGAAAGUAAACACAUUAUUGAUUUUGGCAAUACUUCUGAAAACAUUAAUUUUGAAGAAAAAUAUGAAUAUCUUUCAGUCUUUAUGGAGCAUAAAUCUGAGGUAAUCAGAAACAGUUGACAAUGUUAUAAGCUUUCUAAAGAAGAUUUUAAUAAGUCAACCCCAAGCAAAAAGAAAACCAAUCAAUUUGAUCUUUUAAAUGAUGAAGAUUCCUUGCAUAAAUCUCAGAUAAAAGAAGAAAAACCCUUAUUCUAUAACUCGAAUGAAAUGGUAAAGACAGCUUCUAUAAUCAGAAAAAUGAGCUCUUUCAGAGCGAAUAAAGAAGAUCUUAUUCGAUACUCUGAUCGACCAGAUCCAGCUCUGUCUUCUUUGAUUGGAUACAUAGAUCACAUGGGAGUCUUCAGAUUAAAUAUUCACCAAGAUGAGGUAUACCUUCUUUCUAAAGACAUGAUCGAAAAUAUUGGAUUCUUCGACAAACUAAGUUUCGAAAGCACACUUAAAGGAUGGCAUAAAGAUGUUAACUUUGCAUUCAAGAUGCAUAAACAGAUUCUCGGAGAUGUCAUCUUCUCAAAAAAGAAACGAGUGAAGCCUUUAGUAUCAUGUAUCCUCAACUGGGAGUAUUAUAAUAGCUUGCCUUGCUAUUUGGUAGAUGACAGAGACCUCACUUGUUACAAUAAUCCCAUCCUUCUAUAGGAUUCAAUCAAAAUUUCUUGCUAGUAAAUGUUUAGUUUUUAA